GAUGUUAAAACACCCGAGGAUGUUUUACUGAGCUCUUCUGCUGUCUUCUCCGUGUGUCUUUCUGCCAGGGGAACUCCGAUACUGGCCUGCAAAGAUGGAGCUCACCACACAUCUGAUAAAUGAUACCAUUAAUUUAUAUAAAUGGGCCCUUACCAUCGCAGACAAACGAGUGGAGAAAUGGCCCCUGAUGGACAACCCCCUCCCAACGCUGGCCAUCAGUUCCUCCUACCUGCUGUUCCUGUGGCUGGGGCCCAAGUACAUGCAGAACAGAGAACCCUUCCAGCUCAAGAAGACACUCAUCCUCUACAACUUCAGCAUGGUCGUCUUCAACUUCUUCAUCUGCAAAGAGCUCUUCCUGGCGGCUCGGGCGGCCGGAUACAGCUACAUCUGCCAGUCUGUUGACUACUCAGACGACCCCAAUGAAGUCCGGAUAGCAGCAGCCUUGUGGUGGUAUUUCAUCUCUAAAGGAGUAGAGUACCUGGACACGGUGUUCUUCAUCCUGAGGAAGAAGUUUAACCAGGUCAGCUUCCUACACGUCUACCACCACUGUACCAUGUUCACUCUCUGGUGGAUCGGCAUCAAGUGGGUCGCUGGCGGACAGUCAUUCUUUGGUGCACACAUGAACGCAGCCAUCCAUGUCCUGAUGUAUCUGUACUAUGGUCUGGCCUCCUUUGGACCCAAGAUCCAGAAGUACCUGUGGUGGAAGAAGUACCUGACUGUCAUACAGAUGAUCCAGUUCCAUGUCACCAUCGGCCACACUGCCCUGUCCCUCUACAUGGACUGUGAGUUUCCACACUGGAUGCACUACGCCCUUAUCUGCUACGCCCUCACCUUCAUCGCCCUGUUCGGUAACUUCUACUACCAGACGUAUCGUCGCACGCCACGCCAACCCAGGGAGCCCAAGGCCUCCAAGGCUCUGUCUAACGGGGUCUCCAACGGGCUGUCCAAGGGACUGGGGAAUGGAGCGGCGGUAGGGGGCAAGGUGGAGGAAAAGGAGAGGUCGUCAGGGGUGGACAACGGGAAUGGAAGGAGAAAGAGGAAGGGGAGGGCCAAGAGGGAUUAGACAGAGGGAGGGGUAUAGGGCUGAAGGAGGCUGGCACUAACAGGCCUUGCUGUUUGAUCUUAUUUUACCUCCUACAUGGCACCCUACUCCCUAUACAGUACACUACUUGUAGGUGGAUGUGUGGUAAAAGGCAAGGCUGGAGUCAAUUCCAUUUCAAAUCAGUCAAUUUAUGAAGAAAACUGACAUUGAAAAUGUCCAAUUUUCCUCAUUGGCUUUGAUUGGGGAAAAUGAGAAUUUCAGUUAACUUUCUGCGUUGACUGAAUUGAAAGGGAAAUAACCCCAACCCUUGUAAGAGGUCGCGACGUGUCCCAGGUGACCGUCAUUACAACUAAUCCAAUAUUAAGUCGUUUCUGGUCUGGAAAACAAUAACAUCAACAUGUUCUCUCUCUGUACUGCAGUGUUGAGGUUUGUAGCUAGCUAACCGACUGGUUUGUAGCUAGCUGACCGACUGGUUUGUAGCUAGCUGACCGACUGGUUUGUAGCUAGCUAACUGACUGGUUUGUAGCUAGCUAACUGACUGGUUUGUAGCUAGCUAACUGACUGGUUUGUAGCUAGCUGACCGACUGGUUGCUAGCUAGCUGACCGACUGGUUGCUAGCUAGCUGACCGACUGGUUUGUAGCUAGCUAACUGACUGGUUUGUAGCUAGCUGACCGACUGGUUUGUAGCUAGCUGACCGACUGGUUUGUAGCUAGCUGACCGACUGGUUUGUAGCUAGCUGACCGACUGGUUUGUAGCUAGCUGACCGACUGGUUUGUAGCUAGCUGACCGACUGGUUUGUAGCUAGCUAACCUGCUGGUUUGUAGCUAGCUAACUGACUGGUUUGUAGCUAUAACCCACUGGUGUGUAGCUCUAACCCACUGGUGUGUAGCUAUAACCCACUGGUGUGUAGCUAUAACCCACUGGUGUGUAGCUAGCUAACUGACUGGUGUGUAGCUCUAACCCACUGGUGUGUAGCUAGCUAACUGACUGGUGUGUAGCUAGCUAGCUGACUGGUGUGUAGCUAGCUAACCCACUGGUGUGUAGCUAUAACUCAGUGGUAACAGUCACACUGCUAUCUAGAGACAGGAACACACCACACACACGUAGGCUUCCAUCAACAUCCAAUACAGGAGACAAUGUCAGUCGAUCUUUGGGCUUUUUUAAUUUAAACAUUCAAUGUGUACGUAUGCCUUUUAAAGAAUAUGACUUACUCAUACUGUCAUUUUUGUCCUUUGUCCAGAUUUGUUGAUUCAUAUUAUUUGAGGUAGGCCAUUGAAUUCUUCAGCCCACUCACGCUGUUGCCAUAAGCAGAGAGAGAGAGAAAGAGGUCAGUUUACAUGACCCAUACAAAAAAUGUUGUGAUGGUUCUUUUUUCUCAAUAAGACAGACUUAGCUGUUGGCUAUCCUAGCCACACACUGAGAUUACAUAAGGUCUAAAAAACAAAUUUGACACUUGAGCUCUUGAAAUGCAAGCUAAGCUUUAUCCAAUUACAACUUGGCCAGUUAGACUUGUUUACUGUACAUGCUAAUAAAAAGCAUUACUCAUUAUUAUUAGAAGUGACAUUCAGUUGGAGACAGUGGAAUCUAGAAGUGCCAUUCAGUUAGAGACAGUGGAAUCUAGAAGUGACAUUCGGUUAGAGACAGUGGAAUCUAGAAGUGACAUUCAGUUAGAGACAGUGGAAUCUAGAAGUGACAUUCAGUUAGAGACAGUGGAAUCUAGAAGCGACAUUCAGUUAGAGACAGUGGAAUCUAGAAGUGACAUUCGGUUAGAGACAGUGGAAUCUAGAAGUGACAUUCAGAGACAGUGGAAUCUAGAAGCGACAUUCAGUUAGAGACAGUGGAAUCUAGAAGUGACAUUCAGUUAGAGACAGUGGAAUCUAGAAGUGACAUUCGGUUAGAGACAGUGGCAUCUAGAAGCGACAUUCAGUUAGAGACAGUGGAAUCUAGAAGUGACAUUCAAUUAGAGACAGUGGAAUCUAGAAGUGACAUUCAGUUAGAGACAGUGGAAUCUAGAAGCGACAUUCAGUUAGAGACAGCGGAAUCUUGAAAUGACAUUCAGUUGGAGACAGUGGAAUCUAGAAGCGACAUUCAGUUAGAGACAGUGGAAUCUAGAAGUGACAUUCAGUUGGAGUCAGUGGAAUCUAAAAGCGACAUUCAGUUAGAGUCAGUGGAAUCUAGAAGCGACAUUCAGUUAGAGACAGCGGAAUCUAGAAGUGACAUUCAAUUAGAAACAGUGGAAUCUGGAAAUGACAUUCAGUUAGAGACAGUGGAAUCUGGAAAUUACAUUCAGUUAGAGACAGCGGAAUCUAGAAGUGACAUUCAGUUAGAGACAGCGGAAUCUAGAAGUGACAUUCAGUUAGAAACAGUGGAAUCUGGAAAUGACAUUCAGUUAGAGACAGCGGAAUCUAGAAGUGACAUUCAGUUAGAGACAGCGGAAUCUAGAAGUGACAUUCGGUUAGAGACAGUGGAAUCUAGAAGCGACAUUCAUUUUGAAACAGUGGAAUCUAGAAGUGACAUUCAGUUAGAGACAGUGGAAUCUAGAAGCGACAUUCAGUUAGAGACAGUGGCAUCUAGAAGCGACAUUCAGAGACAGUGGAAUCUAGAAGUGACAUUCAGUUAGAGACAGUGGAAUCUAGAAAUGACAUUCAGUUAGAGACAGUGGAAUCUAGAAGUGACAUUCAGAGACAGUGGAAUCUAGAAGUGACAUUCAGUUAUAGACAGUGGAAUCUGAAGUGACAUUCAGUUAGAUACAGUGGAAUCUAGAAGGGACAGUCAGUUAGAGACAGUGGAAUCUAGAAGUGACAUUCAGUUAGAUACAGUGGAAUCUAGAAGUGACAUUCAGUUAUAGACAGUGGAAUCUAGAAACGACAUUCAGUUAGAGACAGUGGAAUCUAGAAGGGACAUUCAGUUAGAGACAGUGGAAUCUAGAAGGGACAUUCAGGUAGAGACAGUGGAAUCUAGAAGUGACAUUCAGGUAGAGACAGUGGAAUCUAGAAUUGACAUUCAGGUAGAGACAGUGGAAUCUAGAAGGGACAUUCAGUUAGAAACAGCGGAAUCUGGAAAUGACAUUCAGUUGGAGACGGUGGAAUCUAGAAGUAACAUUCAGUUAGAGACAGUGGAAUCUAGAAGCGCCAUUCAGUUAGAGACAGUGGAAUCUAGAAGCGACAUUCAGUUAGAGAGUGGAAUCUAGAAGUGACAUUCAGAGACAGUGGAAUCUAGAAGCGCCAUUCAGUUAGAGACAGUGGAAUCUAGAAGCGACAUUCAGUUAGAGAGUGGAAUCUAGAAGUGACAUUCAGAGACAGUGGAAUCUAGAAGUGACAUUCAGUUAGAGACAGUGGUAUCUAGAAGCGACAUUCAGUUAGAGACAGUGGAAUCUAGAAGGGACAUUCAGGUAGAGACAGUGGAAUCUAGAAGUGACAUUCAGGUAGAGACAGUGGAAUCUAGAAGUGACAUUCAGGUAGAGACAGUGGAAUCUAGAAGGGACAUUCAGUUAGAAACAGCGGAAUCUGGAAAUGACAUUCAGUUGGAGACGGUGGAAUCUAGAAGUAACAUUCAGUUAGAGACAGUGGAAUCUAGAAGCGCCAUUCAGUUAGAGACAGUGGAAUCUAGAAGCGACAUUCAGUUAGAGAGUGGAAUCUAGAAGUGACAUUCAGAGACAGUGGAAUCUAGAAGUGACAUUCAGUUAGAGACAGUGGAAUCUAGAAGCGACAUUCAGUUAGAGACAGUGGAAUCUAGAAGGGACAUUCAGGUAGAGACAGUGGAAUCUAGAAGUGACAUUCAGGUAGAGACAGUGGAAUCUAGAAGUGACAUUCAGGUAGAGACAGUGGAAUCUAGAAGGGACAUUCAGUUAGAAACAGCGGAAUCUGGAAAUGACAUUCAGUUGGAGACGGUGGAAUCUAGAAGUAACAUUCAGUUAGAGACAGUGGAAUCUAGAAGCGACAUUCAGUUAGAGACAGUGGAAUCUAGAAGCGACAUUCAGUUAGAGACAGUGGAAUCUAGAAGUGACAUUCAAUUAGAAACAGUGGAAUCUAGAAGUGACAUUCAGGUAGAGACAGUGGAAUCUAGAAGUGACAUUCAGAGACAGUGGAAUCUAGAAGUGACAUUCGGUUAGAGACAGUGGAAUCUAGAAGGGACAUUCAGAGACAGUGGAAUCUAGAAGUGACAUUCAGAGACAGUGGAAUCUAGAAGUGACAUUCAGUUAGAGACAGUGGAAUCUAGAAGUGACAUUCAGGUAGAGACAGUGGAAUCUAGAAGUGACAUUCAGAGACAGUGGAAUCUAGAAGUGACAUUCGGUUAGAGACAGUGGAAUCUAGAAGGGACAUUCAGAGACAGUGGAAUCUAGAAGUGACAUUCAGAGACAGUGGAAUCUAGAAGUGACAUUCAGUUAGAGACAGCGGAAUCUAGAAGUGACAUUCAGUUAGAGACAGCGGAAUCUAGAAGUGACAUUCAGAGACAGUGGAAUCUAGAAGUGACAUUCAGUUAGAGACAGUGGAAUCUAGUCAGAAAUGUUUUCGUGUUUUUUUAUUUCACUGUUCUGUCCUGGUUGCCUCAACAUACAAUAUCACUAGUUGUCUUACUCAGUGAACGUGGAGCUGUGAGCAGAGCCAAGUAGACGUACUAUGUCAGGGAAUAGUAACUGUGAAGACGCUGCUAUGGAUUAUUAGGGCGAAUCAAACGACUAGUCAACUAGGAAAUGCUGUUUAUCAACCAAUCAAGUCAAAUGAUCGAUUGGCGGAUUGAUUUGAUUCGCUGUUUAGGCAAUAUCAGCUGGACAACGUGUUUAGUUAGUGCGCUGUACAUACUGCUACUGAAGGACCAUGUGCUCUACCUAACCGUGACACGUGUAGAGUACAACACGACACUGUCAACUCCAGAGCAGCAAAUCCAACCAUGUAUCACGUUUUGUAAUAAGAUGUUAUUUCUUGUCUUUAUCGAUUUUAUUGUUCCUAUCUUUAAUGUAAAUGUUGUUGUUUGUUUCUGAAUGGGCAAAGUGCUUGUCUGUGUUUUAGUGUUCUUGGAGACUUUUUUCAUUUUUAUUUAUUACGUGUUGUAUAUAUUAUACGCUGUGUGAUUUUGUACAUUUGUGCUUUUUUUGGGGGGGGGGGGAAGUUCCCAAGUUAAUACCAUGAUGAGCAGAUAUUUCUCUGUCCAAACAGCUUGCACGUUCUUUUAAAUGAUCAUAUGACUUAUUUCAAAACUCAUAGAUACAAAUAAACAGAAUGCCUGUACAUACA